GAGGUGCCGCCGCGUCAGCAGCGCCGCUCCUGGCGCCAGGAGGGCGGUCCCGGUUCCGGUCCCGAUCCCGGGCCGUUGAGUAGAGCUCGGGAGGCGGAGGUGGCCAGAGCUGGAGGCCUCCCACGUCCUCGCAGGGAUGUGAGCUGUUGAGCCACGGGGAAGCGCCCGUCUCUGGGGAAAGUGGGUCCCCAUCGGGGAGCAGGCAGAGGGGGCCCCGCUCGCGAACGGGAUAUGCGCCAUGGCCUCGGUGAAGGUGGCUGUCAGAGUCAGGCCCAUAAACCGCAGGGAACAGGAGCUGGAUGCUAAGUUUAUUAUUUCAAUGGAGAAAAAUCAAACAACAAUUACAAACAUAAAGAUACCAGAGGGAGGAACUGGGGACUUGGGAAGAGAACGAACAAAAACAUUUACGUAUGAUUUCUCCUACUUCUCAGCUGAUCCUGAAAGUCCAAUCUAUGCAUCUCAGGACAUGGUAUUUAACAACCUUGGUAUUGAUGUCCUCCAAUCUGCUUUUGAAGGUUAUAAUGCUUGUAUUUUUGCCUAUGGACAGACCGGAUCUGGGAAGUCUUAUACAAUGAUGGGAAAUGCUGGAGAUAUUGGUUUAAUACCUCGUAUUUGUGAAGGAUUAUUCAACCGAAUAAAUGAGAAAACAAGGUGGAAUGAAGCAUCCUUUCGAACAGAGGUCAGUUACCUGGAAAUUUACAAUGAGCGUGUCAGGGAUUUACUGAGGUGCAAGUCUUCAAAAACAAAUAACUUAAGAAUUCGUGAGCAUCCAAAAGAGGGACCUUAUGUUGAAGAUCUGUCGAAACACUUAGUGCAAAAUUAUAGUGAUGUAGAGGAACUUAUGGAAGGAGGGAACAUAAAUCGAACCACUGCUGCAACUGGAAUGAAUGAUGUUAGCAGCAGAUCCCAUGCCAUUUUCACAAUCAAUUUCACUCAGGCUAAGUUUGACACGGAAAUGCCAUGUGAGACUGUCAGCAAGAUACAUUUGGUAGACUUAGCUGGAAGUGAGAGAGCAGAUGCCACUGGUGCUACAGGUGUCAGAUUAAAAGAAGGAGGAAAUAUAAACAAAUCCCUAGUUACUCUGGGAAAUGUAAUUUCUGCCUUAGCUGAUAUAUCUCAGGAUGCCUCAAACCCGCUUAUAAAGAAAAAACAAGUAUUUGUGCCUUACAGGGAUUCUGUGUUAACAUGGCUUUUGAAAGAUAGCCUAGGAGGAAACUCUAAAACAAUAAUGAUUGCAACUAUAUCACCUGCUGAUGUCAAUUACGGAGAAACAUUGAGCACCCUUCGCUAUGCAAACCGAGCUAAAAACAUAAUCAACAAACCUACCAUUAAUGAAGAUCCAAACGUCAAGCUAAUUCGUGAACUUCGAGCUGAAAUUGCCAGACUGAAAACUCUGCUUGCUCAGGGGAACCAGAUUGCACUUCUGGAUUCUCCAACAGCUUUGAGUAUGGAAGAGAAACUGCAGCAGAAUGAAGCAAGAGUGCAAGAACUUACCAAAGAGUGGACCAAUAAGUGGAAUGAAACCCAAAAUAUUUUAAAAGAGCAAACUUUAGCUUUGAGGAAAGAAGGAAUUGGAGUUGUGUUAGAUUCAGAGCUGCCUCACUUAAUAGGCAUUGAUGAUGAUCUUCUGAGCACAGGUAUCAUCUUGUAUCAUUUGAAGGAGGGUCAAACACAUGUUGGCAGAGAAGAUGCUGCAAAAGAACAAGAUAUUGUACUUCAUGGUCUUGAUUUGGAAAGUAAGCACUGCAUUUUUGAACACUUUAAUGGAACAGUUCAUUUAAUACCACUCGAUGGAGCACAGUGUUCUGUAAAUGGAAUUCAAAUCACAGAGGCCACACAGCUCAACCAAGGUGCUGUAAUAUUACUUGGGAGGACAAAUAUGUUUCGAUUCAAUCAUCCCAAGGAAGCAGCCAAACUGAGGGAAAAAAGAAAGAGUGGAUUGCUUUCCUCCUUCAGCUUGUCCAUGUCAGAUCUUUCAAAAUCUUGCGAAAACCUCUCAACUGUUAUGCUGUAUAAUCCAGGCCUUUUCCCUAUAAAAGGACCGGUCUUUCUAAGAUUAGAAUUUGAGAGACAACAAAGAGAAGAACUAGAAAAAUUAGAAAGUAAAAGGAAGCUCAUUGAAGAAAUGGAGGAGAAACAAAAAACUAACAAGGCUGAAUUAGAAAGAAUGCAACAAGAAGUAGAGUCACAACGUAAAGAAACUGAAAUAGUUCAGCUGGAAAUCCGAAAACAGGAGGAGAAUCUUAAGAGGAGAAGCUUUCAUAUAGAAAACAGGAUGAAAGAUUUAUUGGCAGAAAAAGAAAAAUUUGAAGAAGAGAGAUUACGGGAACAGCAAGAAAUAGAGCUUCAGAAAAAGAAACAAGAAGAAGAAAUUUUUGGUAGAGUUAACGAAGAACUUCAGCGAUUACAAGAGCUUAAUCAAAAUGAAAAAGCAGAAAAAAUGCAGAUUUUUCGAGAACUGGAAAAGCUGAAGAAGGAAAAAGAACAACAGUAUUUCAAAUUAGAAGGGGAAAAAAGGAGGUUGGAAGCUCAGGAAAGAGAUCAGGCCUUGCUGGUGGCAAACCUAGAAGAACAGCUUAGAGACAAACAAAUCAUGAUACAGCUGCUAAAAAGAGGGGAUCUGCAACGAGUUGAAGAAGAGAAAAAGAACCUGGAAGACCUCAGAGAAUCUCUCUUGCGGGUCAAAGAAGCCAGAUCUGAAGCAGAGGAGGACUGCGAAGAGUUAGAAAAAGUACAGUGUAACUUUAUGGAUUUUAAGAGGAAACAGCUAGAACAGCUGACUAGUUUAGAGAGAGAUUUGGUUCAAGAGAGAAAUCAUCUAGAAAAACAGGUAACUGAAGAACAAGGAAAUCUGGAUCAUUUAAAACAGGCACACACAGAGAAUUUAAAUCUUGACAACCAUGCACCAGAUACUGCACUAGCUGUUGAAGAAUGUAACAAAAUAAGAUCGUGUGAAUACAGGUUGCACCAUAAAGAACGACAGCUUCUAUAUCUCACUAAUAAUCAUUUACCAGCUUUGUCGGAAGAAAGACAAAGAGCUUCUGAAGUUUUAGACAGAGGCCUGCAAAGCUUGGACAAUACACUUUACGAGGUAGAGAAAGAAAUGGAAGAAAAAGAAGAGCAGCUUGCCCAAUACAGAGCUAGUGCCAGUGAGCUGCAGCAGCUUCAAGAAACAUUGGAAUUCACUGCCAACAUAGCUCGUCAAGAAGAAAAAGUUUGGAAAAAGGAGAAAGAAAUUCUCGAAUCUAGGCAAAAACAGCAACGGGAGGCGCUGGAGCAAGCCGUUGCUAAGUUGGAAAGGCGGCACUCUGCUUUACAGCGCCAUUCGACCCUAGAAAUUGAGGAGCAAAAGCAGAAACUUGCAACUUUGAACAGCAGCUGUAGGGAACAGGCAGGCUUGCAAGCGACAGUGGAGGCACAGCAAAAAGCCCUGGAACAAGACCGAGAAAAUUUGGACUUACAAAUACAGCAGUUAAAACAGAAGAUAUAUGAAGGUGAUAGAGUUGAAAAGGGGUAUCCUGGAGCUGUAGAAGAGAGACUGUCUCACAGUAGUUCCCCUUCUAAUAUUACAAAAUCUCAGACUCAUUUUAUGCCUUUGGUUGAUGACAGAAUAAAUACCUUUAUUGAAGAAGAAGUUCAAAGGCGCCUUCAAAAUACUCAGUACAGCUCUGGAGAAAACAAUAUCAGUCACUUGCAGUCUACGGAAUAUACAAGGGAUAACAAGAAGUUUCAUAAUGGUGCUGUUCAACGCAAGUCGAAGUAUGAGAAAAGAGAGCCUUGGGUGUCCUUUCAUGGUUUUCUGACAUUGUCUAAUGAUGACAGCAAAUAUAACCAGGCUGAUGAAGACACAAGGGUAUCACGAAUCAGUAGGCAGGACAAAGCCUUAGGAACAUUUAAUCCUUUUCCAAGGAGAAUUCAGGAUCUUUGCAUGGCUCAAGAAAAUACAAACAAAGGGAAAGAGAUAGAACAAGAGUAUAUCAGCUGGAGGUGCACUGAUGAAUGUGACUGGAAUCAACCCAAAGACAUUAAAAGCAAGAGAGCUUGCUCUGACAGCCCCACAUAUUCUCUUCCUGACAGAUGUGGAAUGUUUGACUUGUCAGACAAAAAAUCAACAUUCCUUCAUUCUAGAAACAAAAGUCUUCUCACUAAUCAUUGCGAACAUAAGAACAUGGAAACGGAGUUUGAUUCAUUCAGUUCCAACCACAUGCCAGCUUCAGAGCCCUUAUCCUCUGCUCAGGUCCAGCCUGGUGCUUUCCAUUUUUGGUCUCUCCAACAAUACUGUAAGAGAAUUUCUCAAAUAUAUCAGCAGAUUCCAGACCAAACAUUAGAUGAAAAGGCAGCAAAUGGCAUCAAAAGACAACUACCUAAAUUACUUACUGAAUCAAAGCAGAAUUAUGGGCUGGGACAUCUAUUUAACUUUCUUGGCAAUGUUUAUCAUGGUUUCAUUUGUCAAGAAUUUAAGAAUGGUUGGUUUUCUAAAUUUAUCAAAAGUCUAGUCAGUGUCUGUCAAACAAAUGAGAAAUGCACGCAACUGACAUCAUUUAUCAGAAGGUUUCCAGUUAUUAAAAAUACACAACUAAAUCUGAGUUUAGGUUUGAAGGUAAAUAGUGCAAGCCUCAGCCCAGGAAGGCCUUUAGGAAAAGAAGCUACCAUGAAAUACUUAUCAUCACAAAUCUCAGUUGAUACGUGUACAGUAAAUCAUGCUGUACAAUCUAGUAACCUUUGCAAAAAUGAUGCACUGAUUACUAGCCUGGUGCUUAGGCAAAAUUUUGUGGACUUUUCAGAGGAUCUCCUGAAAUUACAAGAAUAUUCUUGGGAUGAACUGCUACAAUAUGUGACCUCUCUCUUGCCAGAAAUUUGUGCCAAGGCAAAUAAAUUAAAAGGAAUAUACUGGAUUGCAGUGGGACACUAUAAAAAACCUGGACCAGAGCCUGCUUGCUUGCUUUUAUAUGAUUCUGUUUUAUAUGCCAUUACUCCAUCAACCAAUCAGUUAGAAAGCAGUCAGAACUCUCUGGAUUUUUUUCAUGUUUUCUCAAUCAAUACUUUAAAAGAAAUCCAAAUUGGUUAUGCUGGACAAAGCAUCAGACUUUUGGGUCCCCGUGUAGAAAAUGCAAUGAAACUAUUUACCUUUAACAAACACUUUACACAAAGAAUAUGCCAUGAUAUACUUAGCACUGUGGUAUCUCCAUUAGAUCAUACUUGCUUAAGUCACCCACUCUUAAAUGAUGAUCUGUUAAAACUUUCUCUUGACUGGACUUCAGCCAUCACCGACUUAGUUUUGGAAAAUGAUGUGCGCCUGUCAUGCAAUUUUGAGAGUGAUUUAGCUGACCUGCUUUAUUUGCUCCAUGAAAACAUGGGCAUCAACAAACCUUUUUUAGGUGAAGUUCAGGUAGUGUUCUAUACAACAGUGAAACUAGCGGGUAACAUCAGAUCCUUAGUCCUUACUAAUACUCAUAUUGGUCUUAUACAGGAAAAUAGUGCCUUGUGCCCAAUAUCUAGAGUGCUGCAUUCCAUAGACAGUCAGUCACAAUGUGCCAGAAUUCAGCUGCAUUCUUUAAGUGAACUCAGAUGUGUGAUUGUCCCAGAGAAAGAGAAUCUAAGAAAAAUUGAGUUAGCAUUUUCAAAAGCAAGUAAUAUUGGUUCAUCCAGUAGGUGGCUGGAUGCUUCUCAAGGAGAAAAUAAUACCCAGUUGGAAUCUGUUUCAUCCUUUUGUCAUAACCAACCAACCAGUCAGCCUUAUAUUUGGAGACUGACUUUCAGUUCAGAUGAAGAUGCUGUUAGGCUAAUGUUGCACUUGACAGGACAGUUAAGUUUGAGUCCGCUUUAGAGUUCAAGUACAAGUUGGUCCUUGGGGGUGGGGGGGGAAAUAAAAAUAAAACAAAUAUGUUUCUAUUUUUGUCUCCGUGCCUCUUGAUGAAAAACUGCCAGCAUUUCAACUCAGAGUUUCAUGCAUCAAUAUUUGCUCUUUAGGCUAAUUGAGAAACACAUUCCUCUUCUAUACCUUUUUGCUUGCUGUGUGACAAAAUGUGAACUAGAAUUCUCUGGCCAAAAAUAUAGGAACUAAAUUUGGAUUCACUUCCUUAUUGCAUAUAUCUUUGACAAUUUGCAUUUAGAAUACUUCCAUUCAGACAUGACUUUAGGUCUGAGUUAUGAUGACAGUCAGUUGUGGUACAUGUCCACACAUCUGUGAUGGGGAGAUCCAUUCUCAACUAGCAAUAAAUAAAUGGGUUAGUCAUGGAUCCAGAUGAAUAUUUGUUCUCUGUCCUUGGACAAGAAACACUUAGCUUAAAGACAGCUGCUUGUCUUUGGAUAUAAGCUACCAUUUCUCCUCCUCACCACAUUUAUUAUUCCUUCUCACCAAAUUCAUUGCCCCCUUUUUUUUUUACUGGUAAAUUAAUGUCUGUUCUGAGUACUUGGAUUCUUUUUCUAUGUUAUGUUGCCUGCUUUGCAAAUCAUUUGAAACUAUCAAUGUAUAGUUUACUUUUUCAUGUAGAAAUGCUGAAUUCUGAAUAUAUGCUGAAAAUUAAGAUUAACUUGGUCCAUUUUUCAAUUGUUCUGUGUGAAUUACUGUUCCUGCUUAGAAACUGCCUUAAGAAUUAUUUCACUGAAUAGUAGUGUAUAUUAACAGUGAAAAAACUGCCACCUUGCUUGGAGGGGGAGAGUGAUAGCUCCACCUGGGGAUCUCUGGCACCAUAGCCCAUCUUAGUGGUUGUGUUCCAUCUCCACUUGGAUUUUAUGUUUGUUUUUAUAUAUAUUUUAAUGGUAAUUUUAGUGGUUAUAUUUUUAGUGUUAUUUUAUUGUAAACCGCCCAGAGCCCCCAUUGUGGGAGAUGGGCGGUGAUAUAAAUUCAAACAAACAAACAAACAAACAAAUAAAUAAAAUGUAAUAGUAUGUAGAAUAGAUGGGUCUUGACAGAAAAAUAUAGUUAGCUUUUAAGUCUAUACACAGAUAUACUCUUUCUCUAGAUAGAAAUUUGUAUUGUGAAAUUUCUUUUUUAACAAAAAACUCAAUAUGAUUACCUUGUUAAAUCUACUGUUAAGCAAUCAUGUUAUAGUAUACAUCAAAACUGUAAUAUCUGUAAUGGCCUUAAAAAUGAAAUUACUCAAUUGAAGUUAUGGUAGGAGUUUAUUGUCAUAUUGUGGUACAAAAUUCUUGGGGAGGGGGGAACUUUUUAGCUUUGUUGCAAAUACAAAGAGGGAAUAUAUAACAGGAUGAACAAGAGAUAAAGCCAAGGACACCCUGUCUUUAGAUAUUGCUUCAAGAAUGCAAACUAACAUUCUGCUGGCAUUCUACUUUUGAACAAUGCAGCAAGGCCUUUUACACAGCCUCUGCCUCCAGUU